CUUCGAACGCAGCGCGUUGCAUGACGGGAGUCGUCGGAGUCUAUAAAAGCGAGUGAAGCUUUACUCUUUUUUUUUUCUUCACUUCUGAGUGAUCCGUCGUCGAAGCAGGAGCAACAGGAGUUGCUUCUGGAGUGAGAGAAUUGGCCGUCUGCAAGGAUGUUGCCAAGGGGACGCCCGGAUGUUUUGAUGUUUUUACCAUCCUUGUGGGAGGCUUCUCUCAUGUCCCCGUAUGGAGCUGGAGCUGAUAGUGGGAGCUCAUCCGCGCUCUCCCCAGGUGGAAUUCGAACCUGCCAACCUUCAGGUGGUCCUGGAACGUAACCCCCGCGAUAAGUGAGGGAACACUGCAAUAAUCCAGUUCAAAACAAAUAAUCUGGAUUUUAUAUGGCAAUGUAGAAGGAACCCUAGAGUAUCUCCCUCCUGAUGUUCCAGACCUCUUCCAUUUGUUAGCUCUCUCUUUGAGAUAGCUUUUUUCUGUAUAAUGUAUUUACUCGAAUCUAACACUCACAUUUUGAGCGAAAUCACUUUUCCAAAAUCAGGGUACGUAUCAGGAGCACCUGGAGCCUCUAUUUGAAGGAUGUCAUUUGUAAUUUAAUUGUCAUGGUUCAAUGCUAUGUUAUCCUGGGAUUUGUAUUUUGGUCAGGCAUCCACACUCUUUGCCAGAGGAGACUCAAGGCCUUGUAAAACUACAGCCUCCAUGAUUCCAUAGCAUUGAACCAAGGCAGACAAAGUGGAUUCAUCCUGCAGCAUAGAUGCACCCCAAGGUUUCUUUUCCAUUGCUGAAAGUUUGGUGAUCCAACAUAAUUGUUUUUAAAGAAGGAAUUCUAAACAGGUAGCAAGUGUAAUGAGCGUAUUACAAAGAGUGUACCUUUGUUGAUGUACAUUACAUUUGCCAGCAAAUACUUUUUUUGGGUUCAGGGUUUUGAAAUUGAGGUGUGCAUUAGAUCUGAUUGCACUUUAGACUCUAGUAAAUAUAGCCAACUGCGAAGUAGUGAGGGAACACUGUAUACAUAUUGCCCUGUUGUGGUUGCAUGUGAGCACUGCAUACAUAUAUAUUUAUUUGUUUUGGGGCCCUACUCCCAAAUGGGGUGGCUUUUUUUCAGUCCCAAUAGUAUUUUAAGUUGGAUAAUGAAGGGUAUAUAUACCAAAUUUGGUCCAGAUACAUUAAGCCAUGUAAGAGCCUUUGCAGAACAGACAUACAUACAUGUAUAAAAUUAUAUUUCUUGUUAGUGUAUUAUUAGUGUAGUAGUUUAAUAAUUACUAUAAUUGUUAUUAGUAUUGUUUUAAUUGGUGUUGUUCUUUCAGGUUGACCCCUACGUACAGUGAUCUUUAUGAUGACCAAUAUUUUGUGGAUCAGAGUAAACAGCCCCCCCCCCAUAGUAGUUAUUGCUGCAGUAAAAUAACACAGCUAGACCUCUUGCUCUAUAGAAAUCGCAAACUCAUUUUAUUUCUGAAACUGAAAGAAAUCAGGUGGAAAAUGAGAAUCAGCCCAAAUGGCUUAAAGGUUAUAAAGCUAAAGCUGCUCUUAAUAAUUGAAAUGACUUAUUAAAAUAUUUGAUAAGUACUUACACACACCACUUUCCUUGUUAACUUAAUUUCUAGACAUACAGAAUCUGUCCAACUUGUGAAUCUUUUAGAUCUCCUUUUCCUUCCUGAUGAGAAUGAAUAUAAAGCUUUGAAAGCAUUUUUAGUGUCUGUCUAUAAAUGAAAUGGAAACUGACACCCAUAUUCAUUAGCCAGCCAUAUAUUUUUGCCAGCACUUCCCAACUGCCACCUAUUCUAGACACUUUCAUCUUUACCUUUUAAUGCAAAGAUAUAUAGCAAAUGACAUUUCUGCCAUAAAGAGCUGAGAAUCUUACUAUUUUUCUUCCAAUUUUCUCAACAGAAAAAGGGUGCAGUAGGUGAAGAAAAAGGGAAUCAAAAUGACUUGGGAGGCUAGAGCAGCUUCUUACUUUUUGAAAAGAUAGAUUACUUGAGGCUUUUUUUCUUAGGGAGAAAAGAAGACAAGUGGGCAAGCAUGAUAUAGCUAUAUACGAAGUGGGAGGAAAGAUAUUUAUUCUGACUCACAGUAUAGCUGGAGAUUACUGGAUUGAAAAUGUAUAGAGAGCGAUUCAGGACAGAACAAGUAUGUAAUUUAAUUAAGGAGUUCACUAGCAAAAUAUAUUAUAGCUAUCAAUUAGAAUGGCUUAGAUCAGUCUUACACAAAUUUACAAGGAGAUAAGACUAUCAGUAGUCAUUACUCCAAGAAACCUAUGUAAUGAAAAGCUGCAUAGGACCCCCAGAACUGACUCGUUAUACAAAAAGCAGUAUACAGCUGUUAUUUAAUCAGAAGUCUGUACAAGCAUGACAUUUGCUUUAGGUCUUUGCAUUAAAGGUUAAGAUGAAAGUUUCUAGAAUGGGUGGCAUAUCUCCUGUAGCACCUUACCUGCCAUGGUUGCUGUGGAAUUGAAGUUGAAGGUGACCCUCCCCCCCCCCCCCCCCAAAUAGAAGAUAGUUUAUAAUCAGGGACCCUGCAGUUUUGCCAAGGACACCAAGCUGGGUAAUAAGAGUUAAAUCUUGGACAACCACAAGGAAUGCUUCCCAUGUUAAAUUGGUGUACUUUUGACCAAGGGUUAUAUUCUGUAUUUCACAUUUCAUUUAUUUAUAGCAGAAGGUAAUAGGUAUUUUACUGGAGUUUACUGCAAUUUACUGAAAACCCUGGCACAAUGGGUGUUUGAUCUUUCAGCCUGAGGCAAGAAUUAACAACUCUCCUAAUCCUUUCCUACACCAGUCAAUGACUCACAAACAUAAGGACUCCCAUUUGUCUAGAGUUGAGACAUAUCUAGGCUAAAGGUUAGCAAAGGAAAAAAGCCAAUUUUAAACAAUAUGCUUUACAAUAGUGCUGGGGAAAAUGGAAGGAAAAAGGAAGAGAGGCUGACCAAGGGGCAAGAUGGAUGGACGGUAUCCUUGAAUUGACUGGCAUGAACUUGAAGGAACUGGGGGCAGCGACGGCCAACGGAGCUCUGGCGUGGACUGGUCCAUGAAGUCACAAAGAGUCGGAAACAACUGUGAUUGAGCAGCAGCAGCUUUACAAUCUUGCCCUUAUUUCUCAAAAUUUGAAAUGUAUCCUUCCUAUCUUUCUGUCUCUCUGUAUCACCGUUGACACAUUUUUCUGUUCCUUUAGACUAGAUUCCACUGCCCAUUUUGCUCCUUUUCCCUUGCCAUUCUUUCCCCCCUCCUCUCUCUGUUUCUAACUACCUAACCCAUUGUAAAGAUGUCAUGAUCAUUGUGUUUUAUUCAUGAUUGCUAUGUUUAGGUUGACUGUUUAAGGUUAUAUAUUUCAGCUAUUCUUAUACAGAAGCUGAGAGCCUCUAAGGCAUGGCCAGGAAAAGGGGCGUGGCUUCACCUUGCUGGUGGAAGCCUUAGAAUUCAAAAUUUAGCAGUUGGAAUUGGGCAGUUGGAGUUUGUCGGUUGAGCAGAGCAGUUGGUUCUGUUCAGUGAGAAAGGAGUGUGAUCGAAAAAAAGAGAUUGUGGGAGGAAGUUGAGCAGCUAGAGAGUUUUAGCGGAGAAGGGCUAAAAUUAAAGUUGCUGAGCCUUUAGUAGGAAUAACUAAAGAGCUGAGGCUAUAUCCCUAAGUCAAAGAGGACUAGGGUUAACCAGUUAAACUCCCCAAUCCAAGUUUGAUCAGGUACAGGUCAACUAAGUUCAAGAAGGACAGUAUUCCUAACUGAAAGAAACAAGUAAUAUAAAGCUGAUACCAUACUAAGCUCAGUGAAACUAUUGAGAAGUCUUGCAACACUUACUGUACAGAAGUAACAUCGUUCAACUUAAGAUAUAACAUUCUUGCAACCAUCAAGCUUUGUGCUAUAAAUAAACAAGUUACUGUUUCUUCAAAUGUUGCUUAUUAUUUGAGCAAAGCAUCUUUCAAAGGUGGUGGCAGCGACAACAUUGAAAAGUAGGAUACAUAGAGGUAGAAGUUGAAUCCUUCGCAAUUUGGUGGCAGAGGUGGGAUCCAAAAAGAUUCCAUCCCUGUCAUCACAUCAAGUCUUCACAUAAAUUGGUGGCAGCGGUGGGAUACGUGUAACAAAGACUGAUUCAGUGCCUAGGAUCUGUGUAACAAAGACUGAUUCAGUGCCUGGGAUACGUGUAACAAGAACUGAUUCAGUGCCUGAAAUUCGUUUGGCAAAGGUUAGUUUGGUGCCGGAGAUCAGCUUUAGGUAAAAGGGCUGAGGUAAAACUUGUCUGGAAAUGGCCACCAGGAAACAGAAGAAGUUAGCAGGAGAGGCUAGUGAAUACCAAGGAGAUAGUUCGAACUCUGAGCAAACCCCUGAGACAAGGGAAACCCUUAAAUAUAAAAUUGAAUUGAGAAAAUUAGAAUUGGGGGAUAAGCAAAGAGAGAGAGAAUUGGAAAUGAAAAAGAUGGAGGUUGAGGAAAAAGAGAAAGAGAGACAAGCUGAGGAGAGGGCCAGGCAGGCAGAGUUGAGGAGAAUGGAAAUAGAUUUGGAGAAGCAAAGAUUGACACACUCUCAACCUCAUGCUGAUACCCAAGAAGGGGAUUUGAGAGCUGAAGCACCUGAUGUAAUUUUAAAAAGGUUUCCCAGAUAUAACAAGGAAGAUGAUAUAGAAAAGUUCCUUAUAUCCUUUGAAAGGUGCUGUAAAGAUUUUGAAGUGAGUGAAGACAAAUGGAUGUUAUAUCUGAGGCCACAAAUUAGUGGAAAGCUUCUGGAAAUAUAUAGUGAUAUGGCUGAAGACACUCACAGAGAUUAUAAGAUGUUUAAACUGCAGGUACAACAAAAGUUUCAGUUGACGCCUGAAUUUUACAGAUUAAAGUUCAGAACUUUAAAGAGGGACAGACACCAAAGUUUUGCGCAAGUUGCUUCAAAGCAAGCUCAAUACUUUGACAGCUGGGUGAGGACUUCUGAAGUAGAUUCCUUUCUGCAACUUAAGGAACUAUUGAAGCUGGAGCAGCUCUUUCACCUAGUUCCCUCAGAAUACAGAUGGCUAAUUCAAGACCGAAACCCAAAGACAGCCAACGAAGCUGCAGUUAUGAUUGACCAGCUAAUUACCUUGAAAGAAGGUUUUAGGAAGGAGGAAGAACCAAAAGAGAAAAAACCUCUAAAGCCGACGUUUUACCCUCACGCACGCACACAGAUGCAAAGGGGAGGUUCAGGAGAAAACACCACCUAUAGGAAGCAUGAGGCAGUUGCAGGCCAAGCCAGGCCUGAGGAAAAGAUAAAAUGUUACCAUUGUGGAAGGCCAGGGCAUCUUAGAUAUCAAUGUAACUUAAUCAAGAAAGACAGGUCUACUUUCUUUGUAAAUAGAGCUCCAAUAGAACAAGAAGUGGAACCUGAAGUUAAGUCUAGAAGCCCUGAUGCGAGGCCAAAAGAAAAACAAUGUUUAUUUAUCCUUUCAAGAGAAGUCUCUGAAGACUAUUUAGAAUCUAUUGUCAUAGAUGAGAUACACACGCAGGGAUGGAGAGACACUGGGUCGGAUGUCUGUAUUAUACGUCCUGAAGUGGUCCCACAGAGAUACCAACAUCCCUCUUCAGAGAUAAAUUUAAAGGGGAUAGGCCCGUCGAUACCAACCCCUGUAGUAUCCUUACCCAUCAAGUACAAAGGCUGGGAAGGAUUAUGGGACUUCGCUGUCUGCGCGGAUAUCCCAUACAAAUGUUUGAUUGGGAAUGAUUUAAAUGGAAAAGUUAGGAAUUGGCAGAAAGAAGCUGAUAAACAUGAAGGCAACAUGGAGGUCCACACUCCAAAAGCCAAGUGUUUGACCAUCCAAGCUAGCUCAGAGCAACUUCCUGAGUCUAGUUCGAGCAUCAUUGAGUUGGUCAGCGGAAUAGAGGGAAAACAAGAGAUACUGCGAGAGCAGCUAGCAGAUGAAACAUUACAACCUUUGUUCUUGCAAGCUCAGAGCGCCACAGGAACAGAAGAAAGUAAAACUCCUAAGUUCGUACUUAAGGAGGGAGUUUUAUACAGGAAAAGUACAAGCCAUAAGACUUUGAAUAAGCCAGAAACACGUACCCAAAUAGUGGUACCUGUAAACUACAGGAAACAACUGUUAGAUGUGGCCCAUGACAAUCCACAAGGAGGGCAUUUGGGGGUUAGAAAAGCCACCCAAAGAAUCAGCAAGAACUUUUUCUGGCCUGGCAUGUAUCAACAUAUCAAGGAGUUUUGCAGGUCGUGCAAUACUUGCCAAAGGUUUAGCACGGGAAGAGAUAAGACCAAAGCUCCUUUAGUUCCCAUGCCGGUUGUUGGGGAACCCUUUUUCCGAGUAGGGAUUGAUCUAGUUGGUCCUUUGUAUAAGCCCAGUCGGAGAGGAUACAAAUAUAUCCUCACAGUAAUAGACUAUGCAACCAGGUAUCCAGAUGCAGUGGCUUUGACCAAUAUUGAAACUUCCACCAUAGCCAAUGCGCUGUUAUCAAUUUGGGGAAGGACUGGAUUUCCCAGAGAGCUUGUGUCAGACCUGGGGACUCAGUUCACCUCGCAGCUAAUGAAGAAGUUAUUAGAGUUGUGCGGAAUUAAACACCUAACGUCCACACCUUAUCAUCCGCAAACGAAUGGCCUAGUAGAAAACCUGAACAAAACACUAGUGAAAAUGAUCAAGGCCUAUAGCCAGCAGAGACCCCACGACUGGGACACCAAGUUGCAGCAGCUGUUAUUCGCAUAUCGAUCAGUCCCACAGGACAGCACUGGUUACUCGCCUUUUGAAUUGUUAUUCGGAAGGAAGGCUCGUGGACCCCUUGAUUUGAUCAGAGAGCACUGGGAAGCAAGUCCUACGCCAGAUCCUGUUCCUGUCGACGACUACAUCAAGGAUCUUCAGUCAACAUUAAAGAUGGCCAGGGACAUCGCCCAGGAACAUCUUAUGACGGCCCAGGAGCAACAAAAGAUCCGGUACGAUGCAACGUCGAGACCCCGAGACUUCAACGUCGGAGAUGAGGUCCUGUUUUUAACACCCAACAAGAACAACAAACUACAGAUAGACUGGACUGGACCGUGGAGGAUCGUCAGGAAGCAGAACCAUGUGAACUGUGACAUCCUAGAUGAACGAUUGGGGAUUGAGAAACGGGUGCAUGUAAACAGGAUUAAGCCGUAUGUAAAUAGGUCGGCAAAUGUUUACUGUAUAGUAUCAGAGGAAGAUACAGGUCCUUUUUCAUUUUGGGAAGGUAAUAGGGAGAUACAUAGAAACUUGGAUAAAGUAACCAUAAAUUCAGACUUAUCUCCAUCACAACAAAGAGAGGUUAAAGGAAUCUUGGCUAAGUAUAAAGUCAUGUUUUCGGAUUUACCCGGGAGAGUGCAGGGAGUGCAACAUAAAAUAUGCACCGGCGACGCCGCACCGAUAGCAUCCCCUCCCUAUAGGGUAACGGGUAAGAUAAGCGAAUGCAUAGAGCAAGAGGUCAGGGAGAUGUUAGAUUUGGAUAUAAUCGUGCCAUCUAACAGCCCUUGGGCUUCGCCCAUAGUGUUAGUAAAGAAGCCAGACAAAACCGUAAGGUUUUGCAUAGAUUACCGGCGGUUAAAUAAAAUCACCCAAAACGACAUGUAUCCGAUGCCCCGUUUGGAUGAUUUACUAGAAAGAAUUGGAAAAGCCAAAUUUAUAAGUAGUAUUGAUUUGACUAAGGGGUUCUGGCAAGUGCCUAUGGCACCUGAAGACCAGUCCAAAACAGCCUUUAGAACUCAGGGAGGACUCUACGAGUUCGUAGUUUUACCAUUUGGAUUAAAAAAUAGCCCUGCGACAUUUCAGAGGCUGGUAGACAAAGUUCUCUAUGGCUUAGGUGAGUUCUGUUUAGCCUACAUGGAUGACAUAGGUAUCUAUAGUGAUUGUUGGGAGGACCAUCUUAAGCAUCUUGAUUGUGUGUUGGGCAGGUUAUUAGAAGCUGGGUUAACUAUUAAAGCUUCUAAAUGCAAGUUAGGAAACCAUACGUCUAAGUAUUUGGGACAUAUUAUAGGUGGAGGGUGUAUCAGACCUGAUCCUACCAAGGUCAAAGAUAUACACCAAUGGCCAAUCCUGAAAACAAAAAAACAAAUUAGAUCAUUUCUUGGUUUGGCCGGAUAUUACCGAAAGUUCAUUCCGUCUUUCAGUAAUUUAGCUGCCCCAUUAUCAGACCUUACAAAAAAGAAACACCCAAACCAAGUAAUAUGGUCUUCCAAGUGUCAGGAAUCCAUGGACAAUUUAAAAAGGGCCCUUACUUCUGAUUCGGUUUUGAAAGCCCCAAAUUUUGAUAACCCAUUUAUUUUAACUUGUGACGCUUCAGACACUGGACUAGGAGCAGUCCUAAGUCAAAUUGAUGAAGAUGGAGAGGAUAGGCCCAUACUAUUCCUCAGUAAGAAGUGGCAUUCUAAUGAGCUUAGCAUGUCCACAAUCGAGAAGGAAUGUUACUCGAUAAUUUGGUCCAUAAAGAAACUGAAACCAUACUUGUGGGGAAGGAAGUUUACGUUACAAACUGAUCACGCACCCCUAAGAUGGUUGGAUAAUGUAAAAGGGACCAAUAACAAAUUAUUGAGAUGGAGUUUAUCACUACAGGACUUUACAUUUGAUAUUAAACAUAUAAAGGGCAAAUGUAAUGUAGUAGCUGAUGCUCUAUCCAGAGCACCUUGAUCGGAAGACUUACAGGUUUGUAUUUAGAGUUUAAGGUAUGAUGCUAUGUUUAUGUAUAGAUAUGUAUUUUGUGUUACUCUCUAUUAUUUUUGCUUAUUCUGGGUCUAGAAAAAGCAAAAAUAAUCUUUCCGGGUUGGAAGGUAUGUAAAGAUGUCAUGAUCAUUGUGUUUUAUUCAUGAUUGCUAUGUUUAGGUUGACUGUUUAAGGUUAUAUAUUUCAGCUAUUCUUAUACAGAAGCUGAGAGCCUCUAAGGCAUGGCCAGGAAAAGGGGUGUGGCUUCACCUUGCUGGUGGAAGCCUUAGAAUUCAAAAUUUAGCAGUUGGAAUUGGGCAGUUGGAGUUUGUCGGUUGAGCAGAGCAGUUGGUUCUGUUCAGUGAGAAAGGAGUGUGAUCGAAAAAAAGAGAUUGUGGGAGGAAGUUGAGCAGCUAGAGAGUUUUAGCGGAGAAGGGCUAAAAUUAAAGUUGCUGAGCCUUUAGUAGGAAUAACUAAAGAGCUGAGGCUAUAUCCCUAAGUCAAAGAGGACUAGGGUUAACCAGUUAAACUCCCCAAUCCAAGUUUGAUCGGGUACAGGUCAACUAAGUUCAAGAAGGACAGUAUUCCUAACUGAAAGAAACAAGUAAUAUAAAGCUGAUACCAUACUAAGCUCAGUGAAACUAUUGAGAAGUCUUGCAACACUUACUGUACAGAAGUAACAUCGUUCAACUUAAGAUAUAACAUUCUUGCAACCAUCAAGCUUUGUGCUAAAAAUAAACAAGUUACUGUUUCUUCAAAUGUUGCUUAUUAUUUGAGCAAAGCAUCUUUCAAAGGUGGUGGCAGCGACAACAUUGAAAAGUAGGAUACAUAGAGGUAGAAGUUGAAUCCUUCGCAAUUUGGUGGCAGAGGUGGGAUCCAAAAAGAUUCCAUCCCUGUCAUCACAUCAAGUCUUCACACCCAUAAUCCCCUUGUGCCGGAUUUCCUAUCCCAUCUCGUGUGUUUUCCUUUGUUUCUGGGCGCGUUGCCUCUGACACAAGAGACACUUCCCCUACUAUCCUUUUCUGUAAUUUCUUAUUUCUCCCCAACGAGAAGGCAUGAAGGAGGGAGGAGCCCCUCAAAAGCCCUUGUGGG